AUGUCACACAACCUCGCUCACUCUGUCGCAUCGGAGCCCCGCGAUGACUCCGAGGACGUACGCAGCUGGUCCGGCGAUUUCGAUCCAUUGGCCGAAGACGAUGAGCGGCGCGUGCUGUUUGCUGCAUUGGACUCCUUUAGACAAUAUCGGAGAACGGCGCAUAUGAAUACAACGCAUCGCCGCCGACAAGCAUUCUAUGCGCUUCCCUCAGCACAUUGGCAGAUGCUCGCCGAGCCUCCCUUCUCAAUUCUGGAAAACUUCAACCGGGUAGACGACGCCAUCGACGUGAAUGCGGAAAUCGCAGAUGCAAUCCUCGCUACCGGUCUGUCGUCCUUUGGCCUGUCGGCAGACCCAAACCCGGAAAAUCCCCAGGAGUGCUGGCAUGGGACUGCUACCACCUCCGAUGUCAACAAGGCCCAUUCGACACUGCGGCAGUUUUACCGCGACUGGAGCGCCGAAGGGCGCGCUGAAAGAGAAGUCUGCUACGACCCGGUGCUCCGCGACCUGCACGCCGAGUUCGGCGCGCGCGCCGCCGCGGGCCAGGAGAUCAGGGUGCUGGUUCCCGGCGCCGGCUUGGGUCGUCUGGUCUUUGACAUCGCUCGGGCAGGCUUCUCGCCCGAGGGUAACGAGAUCUCCUAUCAUCAGCUGCUGGCCAGCAGCUGGAUCCUGAACCACACGCUCGGUCCCCAGAAGCACACGCUGUACCCCUUCGCCCUGCACUUCUCAAAUCUGCUGUCCCGUGAGCAACAGCUGCAGACCGUCAUGAUUCCCGACCAACACCCGGGCACUGUGAUGGCGGAAGCGCAGGGUAACCCGGACGCCGCGCCGUUUGGCCAGAUGAGUAUGUCCGCGGCCGACUUUGUGGUGCUAUACCGCCAGCCCGACAAUCGGGAGGCGUUUGAUGCGGUAGCUACGGUUUUCUUUAUUGACACUGCACCGAAUUUGAUCCGGUACAUCGAAACGAUUCACCAUUGUCUGAAGCCGAACGGGCUUUGGAUCAACGUCGGGCCGUUGCUGUGGCAUUUCGAGGACGGGGCCAACCGCAGCCACGAGAACAACCACGACUCUCACGACCAGGGGAUCAACGAGCCCGGAAAUGUGGAGCUUACUGAGACCGAAGUGUUCUGCCUCGUGGAGCGGAUGGGCUUUGUGCUCGAGCAGCGCCAGCCAAUCCAGGAACGGCCGUUGGGUGGGUAUAUCCAGGACCCCAACAGUAUGCUGUUGCCCUUGUACCGGCCAUCACACUGGGUGGCGCGGAAGAAGAGCCACUGA